GGAGGCGGAGGGUUGUUUCCUCCCCCCGGUUCCCCUCUGGCUGCGCUUCAGUCACGUGAUCCCAGUGUUUACAUCCUCUCAGCUGUUUGGCUCCUUUCCCCUCCCCCCCUUCCUCCAGCGUCUCUCACAUCAACACAAACAGUCGGAACCAGCAACAGCGUGUGAAGGGGGGCGGAGAGAGGUUAACGCGGAAGCAGAGAGCCUUUUUGACCCCCCCUCCCCUUCCCGCUUCGCCUAGUUGGCAGCACCGUCUGAAAACAAUCCUCUUUCCCCUGUGGAGCCUGAGAUACCCCCCUCCCCCGCUACACUGUCGUCUUCUUCUUACUCUAGCCUACUCCUCCACCUUCUCCCCCACCCUCUUCUUCUCCUUUCGCCUGCGGGAUUCAGAGGACACUGCGGAAGGUUCUAUAUAGGAUGAUCGCUUUAACUGCAGUGGUCGUCCAGGAACUGAAUCCAAUGGCACUCCAAACGCCACUCCUAACAGGCAUGCAUGAGCGCGGGGCAGAGCUAGAACGUCGCAUGGAGCUUUGAAAGUCCUACCAAUGGCAGCUGCUGCUUAUGCACAAUUCCAGUUGUGUGAAUACUCCUGGAUCACUCAAGGAUCAUUAGUUACAGAAAAUCGGCAGAAUUUGGAGUUUGCGGGGGCAUUGCUGGACACCUGGAGAGCAUGACAUGGAUUCACUUGCAAAGCAGUGUUGAACCAGAUAGAAUUGGAUCCUCUUCUACAUGGAAGCAACAAGGAAGCACCUGCCAAUGUAUUUUUGAAGAUAAUUUGAAUUGUUACAGAAAAUCAUCAUGGGAGGAGCUGUGAGUGCAGGAGAAGACAAUGAUGAUUUAAUUGAUAACUUGAAAGAAGCACAAUAUAUUCGUACCGAAAGAGUGGAGCAAGCCUUCAGAGCUAUUGAUCGUGGUGAUUACUAUCUGGAAGGCUAUAGGGACAAUGCAUAUAAAGACUUGGCUUGGAAGCAUGGAAAUAUACAUUUAUCAGCACCUUGCAUUUAUUCUGAAGUUAUGGAAGCAUUGAAACUUCAACCGGGAUUGUCUUUUCUUAAUCUGGGUAGUGGAACCGGCUAUUUAAGCACAAUGGUGGGAUUAAUAUUAGGCCCUUUUGGAAUAAAUCAUGGAAUAGAACUUCAUCCAGAUGUGGUGGAAUAUGCCAAGGAAAAACUGGAGAGCUUCAUAAAAUAUAGUGAUAGUUUUGAUAAAUUUGAAUUUUGUGAACCUGCUUUUGUAGUUGGCAACUGCUUGCAAAUUGCAUCUGACAGUCAUCAAUAUGACCGAAUUUACUGCGGAGCUGGUGUACAGAAAGACCAUGAAAACUACAUGAAAAUCUUAUUGAAAAUUGGAGGGAUUCUAGUUAUGCCUAUAGAAGAUCAGAUCUCAAAGGGCUUUUCUACGCUCACCCAAAUCCUGAGGACUGGGCAUAAUACUUGGGAAAGCAAAAACAUCCUUGCUGUUUCAUUUGCUCCACUUGUUCAGCCAAGCAAGAAUGACACCUGCAGAAAUGAUACUGUGGGGCUGCCCCCUUGUGCCGUUAGAAAUCUACAGGACCUGGCUCGGAUCUACAUUAGGCGCACUCUUAGAAACUAUAUAAAUGAUGAGAUGCAAGCCAAGGGUAUUACUCCAAAGCCCCCACCAAAGCGCAAACGCAGAAGGUGCCGUAGGCGCAGGAUUAAUACCUAUGUGUUUGUAGGUAAUCAGCUCAUUCCUCAGCCUCUAGACAGUGAAGAGGAUGAAAAGAUGGAAGAAGACAACAAAGAAGAAGAGGAUAAAGAUCACAGUGAAGCCUUGAAGCCAGAGGAACCCCCUCGAAAUCUGUUGCGGGAAAGAAUUAUGAGUCUACCGCUCCCUGAAUCUCUAAAAGCCUACUUGACAUACUACAGAGAAAAAUAACUUGCUUUAAGUAGAAGUGAUAAUGCCGACUUGAUAGCUCCAUUAUUCUUGAAAUGUAGCAUUUAUUAAGGAAUAGAUGGACAAAUAUCAAUUGUCUUUCAGCAAGAUUCAAGUGCAGUGAUGAAAUGAAAUGUAACUUGUCUUAACUUUGCUACAAGGACUUGCAUUCAGCAGUAGACUUCUAUUUUAAAUCCAUUUUUUGUUACUUUUCAAAAAUAAAAUACUCUUAACUCUGAUAGGAAUAUAUUCCAAAGUAGUAUGCAGCACCAAUUAAGAGUUUGCAUGAUAAAUCUUUUUGCUCCCUGACAAAUUUGUAUUGAUGAGAGUUAGUGAAAUUUUAUAAGUGUGAAUAAUUGAACAACGACUUUUAGUCAUUAACAGAAACUGUCUGCAUCAAUUCUCUUAGGGAAGUUUUUGAACAUGCAGGCAUUUCUCAUCUCAUAUUGAACUAAAACCCUUUAUUUUACCAUGGCUAUGUUGCAAUCAUCGUUACUGUGUUGAUGUAAAUGUAUUCCAAGGAAUACAUGAGUGCAAUAAUUGUGUGCAGAUACUGAAUGAGCUGGCUUUAACAAAAUAUGAACAUUCAGGUUCAGAAAUGUCAGUUGGCCCUGCCACACUUUCUUUUAUAUCUCUUGCCAAAAGAUCUCAAGAAAAGAGACUGCUUUUUUCUCAGCCUUAAGAAAACAUUUUGUUAACUACAAUGUUUUUUAAAAAAUAUACUGCAACCCUGUUUCCUUAACACCAGCCUCUGUUACUGAUAAACAGAUUUCUCAACUUUCCAACACUUAUGAAAAAAGUAUUUAGUUUCUUUUAAAAGUUCAUGGUACAAAAAGCAUUUUUCAUAUAUAAAAUAUGGUAAUUUUGGUUUCAGCUACUAUAUUUACUACUUUAUAGAGUAGAGUAUGUAAAAAGUCUAGCUUUUGCUGCUUAUUUGCAUAGCUGUGAUGAUAGAAUUGUAUUAGGUUGGUUCAGCAGGUGCACUUUAAGUGGAUUCUGUACCUUAUUUAUCUCUAAGGCAGGAUGUGUGGUUCCUAUAUUUGCUAUUGAUGUUCUUCCUUUUGGAAAUUAAUAGUAGCAUUGCAAGCUUGGGGACUGAUAUUGCUUGACUUCAUUGUUCCAUCUUCCGGUGGUGUUGCGUUUUUCUUAUUAUUUAAUGACAUUGCAGGGUUUAUUUUUCUUUUUGCAUGAUGGAGUGUCUAAUUUUCACCAGCUUUAUAAUUUUAGUAUUUAGUGUAAAAUAUCAAUGAAAUAAGAUGGAGUUCAAGAUAUGCUGUAAAAACUGCUACUGUUAAAGACAUCUGAUCUGUUGGGGCCCAAUCUAAAGCAUUCCUAAUAGAGAAAAUUCCUGCACAAUUUACUGUUGUGGUAUUACUAUACAAUGAAAAUUCUUAAAGCAAAAUAAAAUCAGGAUAUAUGGUGAAGCAUUUAUUUUGUUAUCACAGCCUGAUACUUAUACAUGGAAACCAGUCAAACUACACCUGGUCUUGUUUUGUGAUAACCACUCUACAAUAUUAUAAAAUUCUUAUUGGCCAGAAUCUAUGAAUGAUAUAGUUUUACUUACAAAUUGGUUCCAAAUUUAAUACUUUUACUUGCUAUUUAAAGUGUUUUGGUGAUUCUGAAAAUUCAGCUUCACAAAAAAGCUUGGUUUGUUAACCAGCAUGUUAAGUUAGUUUCUAAAAAUCAUUUACACUAGUGAAUAAACAAUGUAAUUGUUGCUGGAAAUGUGUGCCAGCCUUGUCUCUCAACCAUAAAAACUGACAAAUAGUAGAGACAAUUUCCUAUACAGCAUAACUACUGCAAUAGUUCUGAAGGUUAAUCUGUGGGAAGAAUUGACUAUACAGUAUAGCACAUUUAUUUUAGAUGAAAUUAAUUUUUAGAUAUUUUGAAAUUCAUGUUGUAUCUUCUAGUUCUCUUAUGUCCUCGAUCUUUGUUCAGAGUGCAAAAUGUUAAAAAAAAUUAUCUGAAAGAACUUUUGAAGAAUGACUUCAUUUUCCCCAUUCUGUUGUACUUUUGAUCAGAUAGACAAUAGAUGAGUCAUGAAUAUUCAAUAUGUAAUUUUUUGAAGUUACAGAGCAAUGUUUCUUUCAUGUUUGUGGAUUUAUUUCACAUUCUUGAAUUUAUAUUUACUUUUAAAAUAAAAGCAUAAAAUGAAUCAAAAUUAAAUCUUUUGGCAUAAUUACAAUAAAAUAUAUUUAGUGGUU